AUGGACGAUCGUUUCUGCGACAGGGUCGAUCGGGGGAUCCCCCAUGCCAAGCCGCCAAUCUCAUCGGACCCGGGAGAGGGGAAGACGGGCGCGAGGUUGCUGUUGUCACACCCUGCUGUCGAUCACAUCGCCGGGAAGUUCGGGGAAUUUGUCUCGUCUGCUUCUCCCCUUGGGAACCUCUUCAUCCAAUCAAUAGUCGGAUGGGGCCAAGAGAACCGUGCGGGCGCGUUGCAGAUCAAUACAGGGGGACGUCAAGUGCAGAUCCUCCUGGACAACGGAGAUGACGGAGAUCCAGCGUCGACAGGACCCCAGGGUCUGGUGGGGGAAGCCAUGCACGCCAUGGGAUCCGCAGGGAUUUCCAUAGCCACGGUGGAGGGCUUCAUGAGGCAUACUAGUGACAAACUGAAGGUUAGAGACUGGGGCAUUCCCGACGUGCCUUGA